GCAGACAUUCGGGGCGGUGUGACAUCGGCGCGCAUGUUUUUUUUCUUCUGUGAACAGCAGUGCGUGCAGUGUAUCAAACUUGAAUACAAACAUUUACUUAGUUUGGCUGCUUUGAAAUCGACUUUCAAGUUGUUUUGCAGAACCAUUGUUUGAAGAUGGCAGGUGACGAUUUGCCAAGAACUAAGCAGGGAGCUGCUGUGAUUGAUGGAGUCCACACCGAUGUAGUUUGUUCAGCCUUUUCUGACAGGAUAUUUGUGAUGAUAACACAAUAUGAAAAAAUGGGAACGCUUGUCCACAUAACGCCAGACACAACACCAGCUGACACGAGGCAAGGCAACUUCACCACAAGAGUGCUCCUUGGAAAUGAUGAGCCUGUCACACAUGUCUUCGCCAAGAAUAUAGCUUCGAAGAUCUGUUUAGCACCAGACAGUAAACCGAUUCUCUUGUCCAUCGCCUUAAAGGAGCACUCCCCGGCCCUCCUCAAAUCUCUUCAAGAUCUCGUCAUGCAGUAUAGAGUGUGGUGAAACUUCCUUUAAACCUUUAAAGACAAUUCAUUUUCUUGUAUUAAUCAUCACAACAAGCCCAGUCUUUGCUAACAUAAGUCAUCAUUUUGCAUCAUUUUUUCUUUUCAGUAAAAAUGUCAACAACAAAAAUAAGAUUUUGUGUACUGUAUGGAUGUGUUCACUGCAUGGCAUAUUGCAGGUUGACAUAGUGGAUCUAUCCUUCAAAACUACUGUUGAUGGUGUUGAAUGGUCAGGCAGUAGUAGGGUUAACUGUGUGCUGGGUAGAUGCAUUUACCACAUGAUAUCUCAUUACAGGCUUGCAUAUCUAUCAUUCAAAACCACGGUUGAUGGUUGAAUUGGAAUGGUCAGAAAGUUGGACGGUUGACUGUGUAGAUGCAUCUAUCACAUGAUAUCAUAUUGCAGGCUGGCGUAGCAAAACAAAACAGUUGCUGGCAGUG